AUGUACAAAUUAAUAGAAAAGAUCGAAACCUUUAAGAAUACUUUCGAGGUACAAGAGUCGAGCUGGCUUGGAGAGAUACUAAAGAUAUUUCAACAGAUCGGUAAUCAAUAUCAAGUUGUCAUGGAGAAUGCCAAUCAAAAUCAAAAGAGAUAUGACUUUGCAAUUGAAGAGCUCACAUUCAUUAAAAAUCAACUAUUACAACAACAACAACAACAACAACAACAACAACAGAAGACACCAUCACAACCAACGACUACUACGACUACUAAUAAUAAUAAUAAAAAUAACAAUGUUGUUACAACAAACAAUAAAAAAUAG